AUUCUGUCGUCAAACACUAUACCACUGCGGUCUAUGACAAAUCGUUCCUGUAAAAUAUUAUCAUUAUAAUAAUACAUCGUUAGUUUGUAUAUUGUACUGAUUCCCUUCGAUAUUAAACGCAAAAAUGUUCGCUCUUAAAGUGGCGUGUCUGUGCUUGUCCGUCGCCGUCGUUUUCGGUGAAAACAACCAACAAAACGGUCCGAGUGAUCGGUCUGCCACUAUAUUCCAGAGUUGCAUAGCGGAAACAAAAUUGUCCGGCGACGCACUCAAAGGGUUCCGGUCGAUGAGUAUACCAAAAACACAAGCCGAAAAAUGUAUGAUGGGUUGUCUGAUGAGAAAAGUCAACGUGAUUAACAAGGGCAAGUUUUCGGUUGAAGAGGCGACCAAGGUUGCACAGAAAUACUACGGGACGAACGAAGCGAUGAUGAAAAAGGCAAAAGACCUUAUCGACGUUUGCGCAAAGAAAGCCCAAUCGACGACUGAAGAGUGUGCGUUGGCCGGAAUUGUGACAACUUGUAUCGUGGAAGAAGCUCAAAAAGCUGGCUUAUCCGGUGGACCUGGCAGCCGCUCCAGACGAACCGUUUCACCCAAAUUCAGACGCGACGCCAUGUAAACGGUUCACGUUGUUCCUACGAUCAUAUUUUGAACGCUGUACGCCUAUAACUAUUAACUACUAUUAUAAUACAAAUUAAUUUUAUGCCAAAUAAUCUUGUACAUGUUUAUAUUAUGACCGUCAAUAAACAUUUUAUUUAAAC